GUUUGGGGCAUAUUCACUUGAAUAAUCAACCAGUACACAUCCCAAAACAAAAUGGCCGCUAAGUUUGUUGUUUUCUUCGCCGCUUUGGCCGCUGUCAAUGCCGGAGGUAUUGCUCCAUUGGGAUACUCUGCUGGUAUUGCCGCCCCCUUGGCUUACUCUGCUGGUCUCCAUGCUUCUCCAUUAGCUUAUGGAGCUGGUUAUGCUCAUGCUGCUCCAUUGGCGUAUUCAGCUGGUAUCCAUGCCCCAAUUGCCUCCCCAUUGGCCUAUGGUGCUGGUUAUGCCCAUGCCGCCCCUCUGGCUUACUCCGCUCCAAUUGCCCACGCUCCAGUUGUUGCUAAGACCAUCGCUCCAGCUGUUUCUUCUUAUUCGACUGUUACCAAAUCGAUUGCUAGCCCAGCUUACGGAUAUGCUGCUCCAGCUAUUGCCAAGACCAUUGCCGCCCCAGUAGCUGCUUAUUCUGCUGGUUAUGCCCAUGCUUCUCCAUUGGCGUAUUCAGCUGGCAUCCACGCUCCAAUUGCCUCUCCAUUAGCUUACGGAGCUGGUUAUGCUCAUGCUGCUCCAGUUGCCUAUUCUGCUGGUCUUCAUGCUUCUCCAUUGGCUUAUGGAGCUGGUCUUGCUUCCCCAUUGGCUUACUCUGGUCUCCAUGGUGCUUAUGCUGCCCCAGCUCUUGGAUACGCUCACCAUUAUUAA